ACACGUCACGCUCUUCAGCCGGUUGUCGUCGCCGCCUAUGGUUCCUCCUCCGCCGCUGACGUCCGAAAAGUGAUACUAUUUCGCAUAAUUGUUGGAUGAAAUGAUUUAACCAUUUGGUUGUGAUGCUAAAACAGAUGAGUAAUGAAGGACUUCAAUCCUAAUCUAUUGGAAUCGUCAUCUGCUGAUGGUGAAGACAAAAAGGAGUCUCCUAAUUUGUUGCAAGCGUUAUCUUGUUACGGUUAAGGAACGCAGAACUCCUUUUUUAGAGACUUAGAAUUAUCAAUUGCAAAAGAACUAGCAGAAACGUGGCUUGUAGCUGUUGAUGAUAGGCAAGAAACGAAGGACUUCAAUCCUAAGCUAUUCAAAUUGUCGUGCUCUGAUGAUGAAGAAAAGGAGGAUUCUCCUGAUUUCUUGCAAGUUUCAUCUUGUAACUGUCAAGGAACGAUGAACUCCCUUUUUAGAGACUUAGAGUUGGCAAUUGCAAAAGCAAAUAAGUCGGAUGUCAGCAGAUCCAGAUCAGAAAGGAAAGCAGAAACGAAGGACUUCAAUCCUAAGGUAUUCGAAUUGUCGUCAUCUGAUAGUGAAGAAAAGGAGGAGUCUCCUGAUUUCUUGCAAGUUUUACCUUGUAACGGUCAAGGAACGCAGAACUCCCUUUUUAGAGACUUAGAAUUGUCAAUUGCAAAAGAGCUAACAGAUUCAUGGUUUGUACCUGAUGUUAAAAGAUCCGGAUCAUUUACGAAAGUAGGGAUAUGCAUCAGAUGUUUUGAGAAUUCAAGAGAUGAUCACGGCGGGCUUAAAGUGUGGGAAGAUCAUGGUGAUAGUUCGGUAGACAAAGAGCUCUUAAGAAAGUAUCUUAAAAGAUUAAGUGCAGAGGAUGCAAAAAGAAAAAAAGAAGAAGUGAAGUUGGAUCCUAAAUUAUUUCAAGUGAAAGACGGAAAUGGUUUUCAUUCCCUGACCGAAAAAGAGCAACGUAAUUGGAUAACAUUACAGUUCAUCAUGGGCCGCUAUAUUGCGCCUUAUAGAUCGGUGGUGAUUCAUCAGCCACCCGCAGUGAUUUCUCAGCCACCAGCGGUGUUUGAGGAAUCAGACCAAGAGGAUUCAGGCCAAGAGGACUAUAUCUCAGAUUUAAGUAGUAUGUUUCUUGAGGAUUCAGGUAACAUGGCAUAGCACUUGGUUACGAAGUCGAACAAGAAUUGUAUGUUGAUUGUAAAGUCUGUGUUUCUAUUUAACGACUACUAGUAGUAUUCUAUGCUGUAAUAUUCUGGUAGUGUAUGUUAUAUUCUGCUUGUGUAUGCUAAGAUUUUUAAAUUGCUUUAAUGGUUAUCGAUGGUGUUGAUUUUGAUUCA